UUGGAUAGGGGGUAUGGUGGGACUUGGACUUGUAAAGGGGUAUGGAGGGACUUGUAGAGCACCAGUGCACUCACAGCCCAUACACUAACUGCAUGAAUCAAAAAAUUAUCGUGAGAUUUGUAAUUUGUGUUAUUGUGCUGCUUUCAUAGUGGAUCAUGAAAUAACUGGGUUAAGUAAUUGAAUUAGUUUAUUGUAACCUCCAUAGAAGCCUACACACACAUGCAGUCUGUGGCAGAAGAGAGGCAGAAUAACAUAAUAUCUUCAGAAAUUAAGCCAAGGCCCUUGGCAGGUCAAAUAAGACUGGUGCACUAAGAUGGAUGAAGUGUUGAAGAGUGUGAAAGAACUGGAGCUGCAUGAUCAACAGAAUCUCUUGAUCGCUCUGGUGACGGGACAGCCGCCGGAAGUACAGCAAGCUCUCCUUCUUCCCACCAUUACAGCCGCUUCCAGUUAUGUAAAAUGGCGUUUGGUGACUUCAAUCUCUAGCCAAGACACCCCAGACUUGUUGAGGCUGCUGCCCCCAGAGUUACAGAUUGUUGUACUCCAGUUUGUAGAUGGCCCCAGUCUCUUAAAUGCUGCUCAGGUGUCAAGAGAGUGGAAUAGCAUUAUCAAGACUCACAACAACUUAUGGGUCAAGAAGUGCAAGGAAUUGGGAGUAAAUAUUGAUAAAGUCAGUUGCGAUGCUAACUGGCACGAGGUCUAUGUGUUGUCUCUACGGCAGCAAUUAUCACUUAAGAAUGGAACUGCCUUCAGUGAGCGUUUCAUGCAACUUCAAAACUCCAAGAAGGCAGUUAAGGCUGUGGAUUAUCAGAAUGGCUUUCUCUGCACAGUGUCGGAGGAGGACUAUGUAAAUAUCUGGCAACUGGAACUCAACAUCCCAGUUCUGACGUUCCCAGUUGAGCGUGCUGUUUCUUGCAUCAAGUUCAGACCAAAUUCUCUGCUCAUCUGUGGCCAUUUUGUUGGCAUCUUAACAGCUUGGGAUGUGAGCAUGAUGAAAAGACUGUCAUGUAUCGUUUAUAAUGAAAUGGGUGACAAUGUCGAUGAUCAUUCUCUCCUACGGUCCAAGUUCAAGAUGCACGCUGGUCCCGUGUUCAGUAGUGACUUUUCUGAAGACUUAGAUUUAUUAGUCAGUGGUGGAGCAGACGAGUGCAUCAAACUGUGGUGUUUGUCAACUGGUCUACUCGUGAAGUCUUUACCAAAUCAAGAUAAUUGGAUUUUGCGGGUUAUAUUGUUGCCAGAUUUGUGUCACAAUUCCCAUCAUAAUAUUAUAUAUAUGACAAGAGAUAAUGUCAAUAAAAUAAGCUGGCCCACAAAUAACAGUGAACAAAACUCCGUAGAAAAUGUGUCAUAUGAUAAUAGCGAUUCAAGCUCCAUCUAUGUAACUGAUAAACUUGGUAACAUAAAUGACAUUUCUUGUCCUUUGCAAAUAUGCCUUAAUGAAGGGAACAAUAAUUUCUUUACACCCGGUCUUCAGUACAGUAGCAAGUUUGUGGGACUAAUCAAACAAGACAUUGAUGAGAAACAUGCAAAUUUAUGUGUAUACGACAUAGAAACAUUUAAAAUUUCCUAUAACAUAAUAUUGAAAUUCAAAGUGAAAAAACUUCUUGCUCUUGGAAACAGGUAUGCCUUGCUCUUGACAGUUGGCAAUGUUCUCUACUCAUCGACGCUCGUCGUUGUGGAUGUUGUGACGGGGGAAACUGCUGGUACCCAUGCUGUUCCUCAUUCCAAAAUGACAACACCAGAUGGAGCCCAGCUUGUGGUGGGUGACAUAGAUUGGCUGGACGGACUUGGAGGACACUUGCUGGACCGAUUACUGCUACCAAUAUGCGCUGAACUAAAUACUGUAAAAGACAAUGACAGUAAAAUUACUGGAAGUUGUCUUUUUGUAGCUACAGAUGCACAAAAUCUCAACACACCAAGCAGCAUAGCAUAUGGUGAUGGCUUUUAUAGACCACAUGAUCAAGAUGGGAGUCGUGAGUUAGAUAUACAAAAAAACUUGGGUUGUCAUCCAGCUGAAGAAUACAAGUGUUGGGAUCCUGAAGAAGAGUCCUCACCUCUUGGUGCUGCUGGAGGGGAUUGGUGUGUGGCUAAUUCUGAGACAAGCCCUCAAUACUCCAACAACAACAGGCCUGUUGCUUCCUCCUCUGAGUGUGUGCCCCUCCAGGUCAUGAGUACUCAGUGCCACAGAAGUAACGUAAAAUGUGCGAAAGAAAGACACACGUCAAUAAGACUAGAGAGGCCUAGUCAUUUGGUGCUGGCUGCAGGAGUGCAGAGUGAACCUGGCAGAUUGUUUACCCUUUGGUGGUCUCAUUCUGAACUGUCAUCAAAAUGUAAAAAGGAAUAAUAAACUAUGUAUAGGGAUAAGUGCAUUAAAGUUUGCAUUCUUGUGAAUUUCAAUUUGUAUUUAUUUCUGUAUCAGUUACGUUCUGCUUCUAGCUAAUGUGAGGUUCAACAGGAACAACCUUAUGCUGAAAUGAGGAGUUAAGUAAACUUUCUUUUUUUAGUGAAAGUCAGAUCAGUAUAUUUAACUUCUCAAGUUUAGCAAGAUAAAAUCAGCUUCAAAUUAUUGAGUGCUUCAUAUCUACAUCACCAUUCUUCCCCAUGUAAUUCUACACUGCAUACAUUGUCUGCAUAAACCUUGUGGCACUCCACUGACAUGGUGCUAGAACAGUCUCCACAUUUGCUCCCCGUAUUGUAUUUUGAACAUUUUAAGUGUUUACAAUUUUUUUGCCAAAUUUAAUAGUUGGGGCAAACAAAAUUAUUGUAGUAGAUAUCCUAUAAAUGCAUGGGGAAAAUGCAAAUAAAAAUAGAUGUUCUUUUAUGCUAAUUUAUGAGUGUAUGUUCUUCAUAUGUGAACAAUUUCCUUAAUAGUAAUGUAAUUUUUUUUGUUAGCAAAAUAUAAUAAUGUAUAGCACAAAAUGUAUUUAUACAGAAAUAUAUUAUUCUUUAGCACAUAAUUUCCUAUAAUACUAUACAAUACUAAAAAUGUAUCACAGAUAUGGUACAACAUUCGAGAAUGUGGCAAUAAAUUAUUUACUGUAUUCA